AUCCAAUCAGAAAGAACCAAAUUAACACUUAAAAAUCUAUAUAAACUCAACAAGAUCUAACAAGAAUUAUCAUCGUUUUGGACAAUAUGAUGAUGUGAGUGUUGACUGUACAGUUGAGACAAAUGAGCGUGUUAUAUGAAUUUCAAUGUGAUCUAAUGAGACAACGUUGUUUUGUUCAUCUGAACUACUUCAGAUAUAAUUUUUCAUCUGGCCGGUUCAUACUGCUGAGUUCGGUUAUCGUAAUAAUUUCAACAUUUUUUGAUUGUCAUGAAAUUUGCAAGAAUCCUGGACUGUUGAAAUAUAGAAAAUUAAUUUUUGGAGACGACUCACAUGAAUACUCUCAUUAUUAUUACUAUUUCCAGACAAUCCGCCGUAAUCAGCCUUCUCCAGUUGUAAAUGACAAGUUUGUAAAAUUGGCUAAAGGUGAGAACUUCACUGCGAAAUUUCAGUUUAAAUUCUACGGCACAGAAGUCAGUGUAAUAAAUACAUACACUAAUGGUAAGAGAAUCAUUUUCUUCGAACGAAAAUUGUUACUGAGUUUUGCUUAUUGAUACUUCAUUCCAUGAAUCAAAGUUGUUUCAAUUUCUUCAGUAAAUCAGUUUUAUGCUCUUUCUAACAUUUAAAACUACUACUGAUAUCAUAUUUUGUUCAGCUUGUAAAUAAUUUGACGCCUUACAGCAAACUAAUUGCGGUUCAUGCAAUUCAUUUUAGUCUCCAGUUUAUUUCAAAGUGUUUCCUUCAUUCACUGCAGAUUGUCAAUCAAAGUGCAUAUUUUUAUUCAGAUAAGAUGGGUGCAUUAAAAGUGAAAGGAAAUAAUGGAUCAGGAAUGAUUUUCACUUACUUACAAAACGGUGUGGUGUCUGAAUAUCAGAUUUCGAAUGGGAAGAAAUUAUUGGCUGUCCGAAUGAUUUUUCACCGAAACGUUGAUGGUAAAAAUGUUGAAUUGAAGGUGUUAAAUCUCAUACAUCCAAGCGGGAAGAUAUCAAUUUAUUAUGAGAACGUUCCUGAGGAAAUGGGGAAAAAUGAAUUGAGAUCGAACGUUUACGGUCGAUUUGAGUGUGGAGGUAACAAAUGUCAUUUAUAUUCUGAUUUACACUGAAAUACAUGAACAACCAUCUGUUAGACUAAUGUCGCUCUCUUUUUGUAACUUAUUUUCUGUGUAUCAACACAUGUCAUGUCACAUGAGAUAAAGAGUCAUUGGAUAUUUGAAGGAAUAUUUCGCAUAUGUUUACUGAUUGACUGAUCCAGACAGGGAUAUAUGAACAACCAAAUUAGGUAGAUGAUACAGCCAUUAUUUUAUUCACUUACUCACUGUUCAAGUCGUCAAACCUGUAGUCCUUAGUUUUAUACUACUCAAUACAAAAGGAAGCAUAUUUUGUCGAACAGGACUCAUAGUUGUUUUACACAAUGCUGAAACUUCACGCUAAGCUGAAAUGGUCGUAUGUUGUUGAAAGGUGAAGCUGAGUUCCAAGGCAAGCGUUUAGUGUAAGUGAUUAGGUUGGAUGCAGUCUAUAAUAAUUGGAUGUGAGAAAGUGUAUUAAGCAUUUGGUUAAGAGUUACCUGAUGAUCUGUUGCAAUGUGUUGCUGAGUCGUUUCACAGUAAACCUCAAUGUUGAUAAUUUGUGAAAUUAUUUCUAAUGAGCUUAACAUAUAUUUUAAAGAUGUUGCACUGACACGCUUAUAACACAAAUUCAGAAACUUAACGACAUCAUCUUUCAUUUACUGGUUAGACGAUGACCGCUUUCGAAACCAAAUGUGAUUUAAAGCAUAUUGCGUGAAAAUGCUGUUUGACCAUUAUUGUAUUCAUGAUAAGAUAUUAAACUGUUUCUUAUUUUGAUUGCUUCUUAUACGAGCAAACACAUUGUUAUACAUAAAUCGAAAAUCAAUAUUUUAAGUUUCUUCAUCCGUAAACCUUAUUUGAACAAGGACUGAAACAUUCUAAUAUUUAUGUUGAUGGAAGAUGGAUCAAAACUAAAACGUUGGUCGAGUAUGAAGUUGCCGGGGGUAUGUUCAAUAUUAUUUUAUCAUAGUUGACUAUUCUCACACUUGGUUGCACAAUUUCUGUUUCGUAAAAUUGAAGAGUUCAUGUAUAAUUUUGGUCAGUUGUUAAAUGAUAUUUAACCAUCAAUCUCAACUCUCGUCACAUCAAACGUCUACUCACUGCUGGAUAUUUAAAAUGAUUAGAGACACAUUUUGAACCACGAUACAAGUCAUCACUUUGAUGAAAUUUACUUAGACAAAAUGCCACAAAACGAUAGACCUGAUGAUAUAAGUCAGUCAGUUAAUUUUGCAUUGACUUGACAGUGUCAUUUAUUUUUUUCAUUUGGAACUUAUGAUAGUGAAUUUCCACGAGGUGUCGGAAUCGCGGAGACGCUAUGGAAUUUUAAAUAUGCUGAAUGCAAUAGCAUAAUUUCCAAAAUCUUUACUUUAUCCUAUUCGAACGGUAAAUUGAAGGUAUAUACAAGUUACUUGUAGGAUUUUAAUUUAUCAUUGUCAGGAGAUAUUAAUACAGUAUCAAAAAUACUGACGAUUUUCAUGGAAUGGGUAUGUUUUCUUUCUGGUGAAUACUUAAGUGAAUAAACAUAAACGUUAUUCAGUUCAUAUUAAGGCGUGGGAUACAACCCAUCUUUCAGUCAUUAAACUGACAUCAUGAAAUGAAAUUCAACAAACAUCAAGUGCAACACGCUUUGCUGAAUGCAGUGACAGCACAGUAUGUACAUUCCUGAAAGUUCACAGUCAAUGAAAUCCACGAAAUUUGCUCGCCGAAACUCAUCGUUCAUUAUCGAACGUAGUUUUGUUCAACAUCAACAUGAUGUCGUCAAAUGUGAGUGACAUUGAAAGUGUACUGUAUUUUGCGAUGCGCAAUAUGAUGACAAAUUCACGCUGAAUGAAACAGUCACUCAACUGCGAAAUUACCAUCAUGUCAUUGAGUUAAACGAGUUUCAAACCAAUUUGGUUCCUUAUAGUCACAUGUUUUUUAAUUCACCAAUGUUUUCUUUGAUAACUUGUAAUGCGAUCACCUUAUUGUUUUCACCAAAGUUUGUCCAAACCACAAGUCGAUUAAAGCAUGUAAGGGCGCAAAAACACCGAACACAAGGUGUAUUUGGUGUGAACAAGGCAAUAUGUGCAUUACCAGUAUUAAUAAGGAUACUGACAAAUUCAAAGUCAAUGGUUGCCGGAAUAAAAAUGUGACCGUAGAAACGAAUGAAAAUGAAAAGCAAAGAAAGUCUCGCAAUUACUCGUAUAUGAUCGUGCCAGUAGUUUUCACAUUCAUUGUCGUAUGCAUUGGAUGUGUCAUAGGAUUAUGGUUUUACAGAAAGAAGAGAAGUAUGCCAUGAUUCGCACAAACGCCUUCUUAUUUGUUGUUUUCAUCAAGCUGACUGUUAUUUUACUUUUCAUUUGAUUAAAACACUUUCGAUUAUGUUAAUCAUUUCAAUAAAUUGCUGAUUGUUUCAUGGAAAUACACACAAUAUUCAUGAUUGUUUGUAGAAUAUAUAAUAUGGUUUUCUGUGUUUAUGUGAUUGUUUUCAUUCGGUAAAAACUGAUUAGUUUUACAAGAGUUUACAGCAUUCCACUUGUGAAUUAACAGUAUCGUGUAUACGUGAUUAUGUGACAAUUGUAAUCAACAGUGAAUCCGUUGUGAAUGUCCAGUUUGAUGAAGUCUCACUACUGAAAAAUAUCAUUUGAAAGUGUCGAUGUUCGUUGUUUGAAACUGAAAUGUCGGAAUACCGCAUUGACAUUUAACGAUGCACCUCAUUCCUCCGUUAUUCGAUUAUCCACUGUUUAGUAAAAGCCUGAUGACAGACUAUUGUUAAUAAGGUGUUAUGAAUGGUGAUUAUGAAAUAAUUCUAUAGGGUUAAGCUGAUACUCAAGUAAUAAUAAGGAAAGAUGUAGGUUCAAUAAACUAGUAACAGUCCUGUCGUAGCAUUGCUAAAUAAGAUGACAGAUUUUAAAAACAAGCACACUGUAGUGUUACUGAUCGAUUAAUAGUCGGGAAUAUGAAGAAGGAUCCUCCAAAUAUUGCAAUGAUGGUUAUAAUAUUCUCUUUAUUGUUUAGGACUGAAAGCUGUCUUUGGAAAGACACUAACUGCAAUUUCCCUCACUAGCUUUCAAUGAAGAUUACGAUUCUUUAAUUAAAAAUGUCAUGGCUGCUUAUGUUAAAUGUUGUGAAGGGAUAAGAAGGCAGUCUUUGACAAUAAAUUCCUUUUUGUUGAAGCAAACUGACCAGUCUUCCCAAGUUUUGUGUGCAUAGUGUGCGAGUAACCUCGAGGGGAAUCUAGAACGCGCGUCUCUUCGUCCCAUUUGAGACUCGUCAGCUGCCUGCACCUGCAUCACAGAGUUGAUAUGUCACUGUGGUACUCGGACUCAGUAUUGUUUACUUCGAAAAUCGUCGCGUCAUCCCCUAAGCUAUCAACAUGUAUAUUCAUUGCCUUCUACACACAGCUCCAAUACACCAUAAUUGGGUGAACAGGGAUUAAUAAAUGUUUGUCCUGUGGCAAACUGCAUUCUCGGAACUCAUAUAUUGUUUGUGAUCCUGAACGUUCAAAUUGUUACAAAAUUAGAUACAUUAUGUCGGUAUUUUAGACUUAUUGAUGAUACCAGACCCCAUUAUUAAAUUCCAAUAUGAUUGGAGCCUUUUGUAAUAAUAUUUUGCUUUCAUCCACGAUUUUGAAUGCGCUUGCCACAUGUGAGAGCAAUUAAAUAUGUCUUUUUGUUCAUUCCGCAAUCCCA